AUGCGCUUCAGCGCCCACCUAAAAGCGGCUAGACACGGCUCGCCGGAUGCCCGGAACUGGGUGGAAGAUAAAGUGGACGACGCUGAAGAUUGGACAGUCCACACAGUUGAAAAUGCCGAAGAAGCAGUGAAAGGCACAGUUGACCAGGUUGUUGAUACAGCGAGGCAGAUUAGUGAUGACGUCGCCGAUGCUGUCGAUGCUGCUGUUAAAGCAGCCGAGGAAGCGGGAGAAGUUAUCACCCACAAGAUAAGAGAUAUUGUUGACGAGGCUAUCAAAAAGGCAGAGGAAUUAGUUGAAACCAUUGCUGAUGCAGUCAAAGAGGCAGUAAAAUCUGCCGUCAAAAAAGUUGCUAAGAGGCCGUACAAACGGCUGUCACAGUUGGCAGUGAAGUCUGUAAUUUCGCUCUCACUACGGCAUCAGAAAUCGCCCGCGGACGUUGUUGCCAUCAUCACCUCAGGGCUUGAUUACGCUGACAAGAAGAUAGAGGAUGCUGAAGAACUGACUAAUUCAUUCUUUGAAACCGCGAAAGAUAAACUAAAGAGUUCGAUUGGGGACUUGACAAGCAACGAGACGGUUAGCAUAGCAGGAUCAGAACCCACUACCCAAGGGGGCUCCUCUGCUUCAAAUACGUCUGUCGCCUUUAACUGGGUCGGCUAUCAGCUGGAGCACAACGAAUGUUUUGCCAAUGCCACAAUGGCCACACCUCCAGAUAAGCUCAAAUCUACCACUGUCAGCGUAUAUAUCUCUUUUCGAAGUUUAGAUGUUGAUGCCAUAAAGUAUCUCUAG